CCGCGAGCGCUUCGUGGGACCCUCUCUGCUCUCUCAAGGGGCGGGAUAUCAUCUCCUUUCGGCCACCUUGUUUCGCACUUGAACAACCACUGUCCAUUGCUGCUGUGCUACUGCUGCGGACGCCUACUCUGUGAGGUGAAGGCUCGGGGACGAAGUUCGUGCCGCAUUUUUGGCACCGCUCGUGUUGCUACACCUCCAAAAGUCAAGUUUAACUUUGUGCUUGCGUGCCUGCGCAGAGCGCCGGACAGGAGUGGGCAGCAGGUUGGAACAAUACCGGGGAGGAGGGACGAGGGGCACACAACGCCGUGUGCUGGGCGGGUGGCGAGGAGAAAGCGCACGGGCGGCUAUGUCUUUGGAGGAAUGCAGGACCGACGACAUCUGCUGCUACCAAGACGACUCGGGCGCGCAGAGCCUCCGGCACAUCGCGGCGGGCCUCGCGGCGGGCCUGGCCCUCUGCCUCGCGGCGCUCCUCGUGGCCGCGGUCGCCUGGAAGCGCGCCUCCGGCGGCGACUGCUUCGGCGGCAGCCACACUAAGGAGAGCCCCCCCUCCGGCGGGGGCGGUGGCGAUGGCGGCGGCAGCGGUGACGAGAACACGACGAGAUCGGCGCCGUCCUCGUCGGCAGCGGCGGCGGAGGCCGGGGGGGGCGACUCGGCCCCGCCCUACCAGGCGGCUGUGGCGGCGCCGAACGAGCUGCUGCUGCUCGCGGCCGAGGAGGGCUACGCCGCCACCGCCGGCAGGAAGAGCGGCGGCGGCGACGGCGGGGAGGAGGACCAGAGGACCACCAACACGGAGAGGUGCAACGGCGGCGGCGGGGGCGGGCAGAGGCCACAGCUUGAUCUGGCCGUCGAGGAGGAAGGCCGCGGCGGCGGCGGCGGCGGCGGCGGCGGCGGCGGCGGGCGGAAUCACGCCACUCGUGCUACCGCGGCGAAGCAGCAGCAGCACCAGUACCGCCGGUCGAACUCGGGCGUGAGCCUCAGGAGCCUCAGGAGUGUCGGGAGCCUCAACGACAUGCAGCACGCACUGGUCCGGGAACCGCUUUCCCCGGCAUCCACAGUGGGGCAGGACGACAUCCAACGCCUGCGUUCGCUGCUGGAUACCGAGCGUUCCCGCCGCAUGGCAGCCGAGACAGCCCUCAGCGUCGGCGGGGGGAGCGUGUCGUCCCGCCGCUCCGGCAUGUGCGGGGGGGAUGGCAGCGGUGAGACCAAAGCGGAGCAGCUCUACAGUUCGCUCGGGCAGCCGCAGCAGAGCCGGGAGCAGAAACAGAAGAUGCUGCUGUCCGUGGUGACCAGCAUCCUCGUGCACCUGUUCCACUGCUGCCGCGUGGAAGUGAGGAGGAGGCUGCGGGUGAGGGUUGACGGCCUCCGGGCCUUCGUGGGAGAGGCCGAGUUCGUACAGCUUGGUAGCAUUGUCUCCGGGCCGGGGACGGGGGGGCCCAAAGCCUCUCUAGCAGCGGCGGCGGGAGCGGCGGGUGCGACCCCGGGGGGCGUGAUGGCCCAGGACACUCACGAGCUCCUCUACGGCGAGCUGAGGCGGCGGCACCGAACGAUCGCCGGGCUGGGGAGGAAGGACCUGGUGACCCUGUCGGCGAGGGUGCUGUCCCGCGCGCUCAAGACCGAGGCAAAGAAGGAGAUCGGGCGGAUGCUGGUGCACCAGACGUGGCCGACUUUUGAGCCAGUCGUUCGGUCCUACCUCGCGCUGUUCGUGGAGUGUGCCCUCCAGGAGCCUCAGAUCGAGUUCGACGAGGCGGCGGGCAAAGAGGAACCGUUCGACCCGGAGAAACACCGCCCGCUGGCUAGCUUUUCCGCGCCCGCUUCCCCGAGAACCAGCACUACGGGAGAGAGGGGGCCGGGCCUGCAGAUAGACUCGGACACCCUGAAUCCGGGGUUCGAGACCGACGAUGACAGCGUCGAAAGCGGCAGCGAUGUGGAUAACAACAACGCCAGCCCAAGGCCCUGCUGCAUCGUGUUUCCGGCCGUGAUCGCGAGCAUCACGAGGUGGCCACCGUCCAAAGCGGCGAAGAGCGGGGUGAUAUUGUACUGAGCUAUCCCGAGCGUUUCGUGAUCUGACGGGUGUGUUUUGUGUGGAACUACUGCCGUCUGCGAUGCUCUUUUGAGUUUGUGGAAGCGGAAGCCGAGCAACAUGAUUGGUUCCGGGCGCACGGAGCUGGUCCCCGUUUACGAGCGACGGGCCCAUGAUUUCGACGUUUUUCGGGUACUGCUCCGCGGUCGGCCUCCUCUGGAUGCGGUCGAGAAAACAGCGUGGUUCGUUCUUGGGUUGGAGGCCGCCAACAGGCAAGAAUAUGAAUUUCUCGCCUUCUUCCACCUGUUGGCUGACCCAUGGGGCUAGGACGGCUUCCAAGGUACCAGUGGUUUAUCGGCUUCCCAGGUGGUGAUUUGGCUUGGGGCUUGCUGGUGUUAUGACCAAUUUGGCGGAAGAAGCGUCCCUCGAUGCAGCAGCAGCUCUCGCUGAUGACGGCCUUGAGGCCGCUUGUUCGAGAUGUAGUCCGGCAAACGGGACUCGAGGAAGAAUCCUGUUCAUGUUGUCAUUUGAGACUGUUGUGGGAGGCACGGUUCGUUGUGUGUAUCGAUCGCCGUGGUCGCGGCAAACAUGGUGGGUAUGGUUGUUUCAGGCAGUUGUCGGUUCUUGCGAAUCUAUCUUGGUUGGGUUGCAGUUAUAACUUCAACUGCUGUGUUUUUUGUUUUUCAGCGACCAAGUUCUUUUUAUGUUCUUUGGACACGACUCUUUGCAGGGGGUUUCAUUGUUGUGUUUGUAGUGGUGGUGCUUGUUUUUUUUUUUCAAUUGGCCCGUUCAUUCUUCGACAGAGACACGUGUACGUCGUCACACUGGCGGAGGAGGAAAACGUAUGGUAAUUUAGGUGAAGACUCAAAGAACUCAAACGUGGGCUCUUUCAUGCUGUAGGUGGGGCUAGAACGUCCCUCGGCACGUGGGCACACAAUAUCGUUUCUGUUGGGUGUGCCGUUUAGAAUACAUCCAGGAUAUUGCAGUUUUUCUUUUUUACGAACCAGGGACAAAGACGGUCAGAUGAUGCUUGCAUCGGUUGAUCGGUUUGGCGUGCAGGCGCUGGUAGUGCAACUGUCUUUGUCGGGCCUGCCGCGUGCCGUUGGCGACUUAGCAGACGCUGAUUUGGUUUUGAUCGUCGUCUCUGGCUGAGAAUAGACAAAACUUACAGACCUUACAAAGUUUCCGUAUUUAGAGCGGCGAGAUGGAGGGGGGGGGGGGGGGGAGGUUCCGCACCUGGUCUGGGAUGUCUUGAGGAGAAGCCCAACCUCGAGUUCUCUGCUCUCGCAAACGAUGUGAUCCUCUGCUGUGGUACCCCGCGGAAGGCGCGCUGUGCGAACAAAUCAUGUUGGAAACUGGCGGAUUUCCGGAUGUUCCUGUGACUGUUGAGCUUCAUGGUCGUGUACCGUAGGUGUCCGUUGCAGCUACGUUGAGCUGUCUAGGCUGACACCAUUGGUGCACAACAGCUGGGUUACCACAAUUAGCAGUGCUAUGGGAGGGAUUGUUUCAACUCGCAACCGGGGUCCAGGUGGGUGGGAUGCUGUGGAACCUGUCGUUCGAGUGCGCCGGUGGUGUUUUGGACGACGCAGAAGAGUGUAGGCUCGCAUCCGAGGCCCCGCGGGCGACCUUUCGUGUUUGUGUCCUAUUUCACGUGUGUGUGUGUGUGUGUGUGUGUGUGUGAAACUCGUGGGAAAAUCGAAAACGAACGCGGAGCCGUUAGGUCGUGUCAGAACUUUGGAUGGGAGCGACUGGGAAGAGGGGUUGGAAGGACGGGAUGUGCAGGUGCCUGUCGUUGCUGUGUCCUAUUAUAGCUUCUUGCCAUCACUCUUUACUCGCUGCUGCCAGCGUUGCGCGAUCGAGAGAAAUUUGAAUUCGUGUUUUGGUAGGCUCUCCUUCCCCUUCCCUCACCUCGCCCAUGCGAACGCGAGGGAUAGCCAUUUCUCGCAUGUGGUACGAUGUUGUGUAGGUCGUUCUGGACGUGGAGAAAAGGCCUUGUGAACUUGGAAGCCCUUCUGAAGUUUUGGAUGUUAGGGUUAGCGGUGUGUUCCCGAUUGAGACGGAGCCCUGCUUUUUUCUCGCCUGUUGUUCUGUACGAUACGAACGUUGUGUUUGCGUUGGCUUGGUUGUUGGGUUGCCGCGUUGUCAACCAACUCUGUUUGCCAACAUGUGUAUGAUCGAUGAGCGUCCGAUGCGCGACCGCGGCAGCUGUUGGUGUGUUUGUUCUCGGCCCGGCGUGUGCUUAGACGUCCUUGUUUGUUGGAUAGGUUGUUCGUUUUGUUUGUGCUUGCCUCUGCUUUGGCUUUGCCGUGUGUGGCGUUGUCCCGUACUUGCGUGGCAUGCUCGCUCCUCGUUGGAUCGCGCAGGCUCGCUCUCAUUCGAUCCUCUUCGCUAGGGUUCGCGGGACCUAGUCGUUUUGUUAGUGGCAAAACCUUUGGAACAGACGACACGCAUGGUGAACGAACAAAGGGAGCUGCUUUAGUGUGUCAGUGGAGGGACGUUUUGUUCGGGAGGCACAGCGCAAUCAAAUCGUGCUGGCAUCAAAGAUGUGAGUCCUUCAUAUAUAUACAUACAAUAUCUAGAUCGAGAAUGUCGAGAAAGGAAUGUUCGUUUGCUAGUUUACAGGGCUCGAUACUCUGGAUUGCAACUUCGUAAGGUACGCGGCCUUGCCUGAGAAUUUAGUCCACUUGGUGUUGCGUGUACCGUGCUGGACGGUUGUGUGGUAUGAGUCGAUGCUUUCAGGCCAACACCCGAAAUAUGUGCCGGUCAUGUUCCUCAGGAACGGUAGUUUAAGUGCCAAAAGGCAACAAGUGGGAGUAUCGCGAGGCUUUGUGGCAAAACCGGUGCCAGCCGUUUUUCACUUUCUGAUCAAAGCGUACGAACGUGUUCGUCGCUCUCGUCGUGGUUGGAAUCGAGAGACUAAAUGCCGGAUGCAAGUGUUGUGAAGUUUUCCUUGCAGUGCAUUCGGGUCUGUAUUUCCGUCGCUGGUGCGUUUUUCCCGUUUUCCUUGUGUCAGCCCGAAGCAGACUUGGAAUUCAUCUGCCAAAUCCUUCAGAAAUAGGCUCGAAAACAAGAAAAGACUACGGUAGUUGUUCACCGAGUUCCGCCUCUUAUGCACGGGAACGGGUCUUAUUCCUGGGAACGGGAUAAAAGGUGCAUGCUUAUCUUCGCUUGGACAGACGGGGACAGGAACGAGGAGGGGGGCUUGCAUGCAUCGGGUGGAGAGUGAAGGAAGAGAACGGGGGUUAUUGCUGUGUUGUUCAUGUGGAGUUGGGGGGCUUCAUCUAGAGAAGAGCAGAGUCAAGGAAAAAACAUGUAGGUAAGGCAUACAAAUGCGGCGCUCUAUUGGCACAUUGACGGACGGUACGCAGCAGUUUGUCACGUUGGUUUCGGCACAUCGACAGUAAGCUUCAUGGUUAUUAGGACGGGUUAUCAGGUGCUACUUUGAGUGGUCAUUUAUGUUUUCGAGCGACUGAGGGGAGGUGGCGUGGCAUUGCGGGGCAUGGGGCGGGGUGUGGAAGGUAAAUAAGACGAAAGAAAGGGAUACUUUCGUCCACGACAUGAGGAUUUUCAUGGGGAAUUGCGGAACACCCAGAGCAACUGAUUUCCUUUUUGUCUUUGUGAAAUACUUCCUCCGCCCCGUAAGAUAAGCCCGGUUCGAAAAUCCAACUGCGUAAGCCCGACGUGAAAUGUUGCGAUUACGUGCCCAAAACGGGUGUUUUGAGCGUCUAACCUUCAGCAUGUGGUCUUCAUAUGGUAUUCGAUCAUACAAAAAAAAACAAACAUUUUUGACCCAGGGGAUCAAUUGUUGCCAUCCCCCGGCGUGAAAAAUUGAAACCCGGGCGUAUGUAAUGAGAUUUUCCACAGGAGAGGGCCAGUUUUCGCAGAACUUUGGCGUACUACGCGAUACAGCCCCCCCUCCAAGAAAAAUUGUUGAUGUUUACAUCAAUGCCUGUAUGUUAUUAUACGAUUAGGGACGUGUAUACGAACAAAGGGACCUUCGAGACGCGGGGACAGCAUGAUUUUGGCCCCGGGAGGAGCAGAUGUAUCCCCAAAUCGGUUGUGUACGGCCGAUUUCAGAAAAGUGAAGAACGAUAGAGCGACACACAUUUGGUUACAUAGCGUCCAUGAUGUUGAAUGCACACUUGAAGCAAGUUUUCAGUGAGACAACAACAAUUUUGUCGCAAUUACGGCAGCGGCAGGCGAGUUCCCAAGCAGCAGCGAACACCAGCAGUGUAACUUCAAAUGCUUUGAGGCAACGCCGCGAAUCUCCAGUCGAACGCUAAGCAACUGAUGACAUUCAUGAAGAACAGCAACUACAGCAGCAGCAGCAGCAGAAGCAGCAGCAGCA